UGUUGACAGGAAGUGUGUAAGGCGGAAUCACUACAACCAGCGGUGCUUGUAGUGCAGCCGGACUAACAGGACUUCACAUUUGUUCACUCAUCGGGUACGUGUGAACCUAAAUUAUGCGUUUUAAGAUCGACUCGGAUCAAAGAUGCAAUGGAGGUCAUUAGUUGUUGGUCUUGUCGUAUUGAGACUCUCAGUCAGCUGUGUGCUGUGGCUAGCUUUCGGACUCGGUCCUAGCGGUAGCUGGGGGUUCAACUUCCCUCUCGGUUUUAGUUUGCAAAAAUUAGACUUGUUAUUCAGAGAGGAAAAGGGGACAGACCCAGGGGGGAGCUCCUGGUCUCAACGAAUACAAGGCCCCAAAUAUGAAGAGCCCGCAAGCACCUGUGCAAAGGUGGGAGAGGGGUCACCCAAGAGAUCCUACAUGAGCUUCUUCGAUGGAAACAAGGACGAGUAUGUCCGGAGAUACAGCUCCUUCCCUGACACACUGAGGGAGAAAAUGAAGGACAUGGCCAAAGAAAUGUUUUAUUUUGGAUAUGACAAUUACAUGAAAUAUGCCUUCCCUGAGGACGAGCUGAACCCCAUAGACUGUGAAGGGAGGGGACCAGACGUGCUGAACCCAUCAAACAUCAACAUAAACGAUGUCUUGGGGAACUAUUCCCUCACCCUGAUCGACACCUUAGACACCCUACUGGUGCUCGGCAAUGUGACCGAGUUCCAGAAAGCCGUCAAGCUGGUAAUAGAUACUGUAUCUUUCGACAAGGACUCAACUGUGCAAGUUUUUGAGGCAAACAUUAGGAUCCUGGGAAGCCUUAUUUCCUCUCACAUCCUGCUGACAGACCCAAAACAUCCAUUUGGCAACGUGGGCUUUGAAGGUUACGAUAACGAGCUGCUUCAUUUGGCUCAUGACUUGGCUGUCCGCUUACUGCCAGCCUUUGAGAACACCAGCACUGGCAUUCCUUACCCCAGGGUGAACCUUAAAACUGGAGUUCCCCCUGAUAGCAUCAAUGAGACUUGUACUGCUGGAGCUGGGUCCCUGCUGGUGGAGUUUGGGAUUUUGAGCCGUCUGAUUGGUGAUUCCACGUUUGAGUGGGUUGCCAGACGAGCUGUUAGAGCUCUGUGGAACCUGAGGAACAAUGAAACCGGUCUGUUAGGGAAUGUAGUUAAUAUCCAAACAGGCCAGUGGGUGGGCAAGCAGAGUGGUCUGGGAGCCGGUAUGGACUCCUUCUACGAGUAUUUGCUCAAAUCAUAUAUCCUUUUUGGAGAGAAAGAGGACCACAGGAUGUUCCAGGCUGCCUAUGAGAGCAUCCAGAACCACAUGAGGAGAGGAAGAGAGUCUUGUAAUGAAGGAGAGGGGGACCCACCUCUCUAUGUCAACGUGAACAUGUUCAGUGGUGAAAUCAUGAACACCUGGAUUGACUCCCUUCAGGCCUUCUUUCCUGGAUUGCAGGUGCUGAACGGUGAUGUAGAUAAUGCCAUAUGUCUGCACGCCUUCUACUACGCCAUCUGGAAGCGCUAUGGCGCUCUGCCCGAGAGAUACAACUGGCAGCUGCAGGCUCCUGAUGUGCUCUUCUACCCUUUAAGACCAGAGCUGGUCGAGUCAACCUACCUGCUGUACCAGGCGACCAAAAAUCCUUUCUAUUUGCACGUUGGAAUGGAUAUUCUUCAGAGCCUCGAGAAAAAUGCCAAAGUCAGAUGUGGGUACGCCACUAUCCACCAUGUGGUGGACAAAUCCAAAGAGGAUCGCAUGGAGAGCUUCUUCCUCAGCGAGACGUGCAAAUACCUUUACUUGCUGUUCGAUGAGGACAACCCACUUCACCGAUCAGAUAACAAGUACAUCUUCACCACAGAGGGCCAUGUGGUACCUAUAGAGAGACGCUUCAGGGAGAAACAGUGGAAUGAUGAUUUUCCUUGUGAAGAGGGGUUGCUGUCAGAAAGAGAGCCAAAUCACCGGCCGACACCCAGCAACAUCACCAACUGCGACAGAAUCCCAGAGGAGCGGCGCUACACACUGCCACUGAAGAGUGUCUACAUGAGGCAGAUCGACCACAUGGUGGGGCUCUUCUAAGGAGGAAAUACAACACACACACACACACACACACACACACACACACACACACACACACACACACACACACACACACACACACACAUACAUACACACAUCCCCUCUCAAGUGCAGAUGUUAGAAAGGAUCUACUCUCCGUCAAAGUCCUCAUCCAACUGUUCUGCUGCUCAGGAGGCUGACACUAAAGUGAACCUGAGCACGCAGUUUGAUCACAUGCUGCAUUCAUUAAAAGUGUGCGUUUGUGUGAGUCAUUUUGCUCUGAGCACGUAGUUGCAAAAGUGUAACAAUCUUUCUUCUGGAAAAUGACGAGCAAUGCAUCACUUCUUAAUGGCUGGUGAAGAAAUUAGGUUUAAAGUGUUUUAGAAUAACUUUACAGAGCAAAAACAAAUCUGUUAAUGUGUUGAUUCAGAUGAGUGUGUGUACAUUGUUUGUGUGUUUGACGUUACAGCCGAGCUGUGAAUCACUAUUUUCAGUUUACGGGAACAGUGCCAUCUAGAGAGCUAUUUAAAAUGAAAAGCCUUUACAAACACUCACUUCUCUAAACAUGACGAUUAGUGCCUCUGCAGUGGAUUCACUUGACUCCAUCAGUACUUUAACAUAAGGGCUGCUCAUGAACACAAUAACAGGGAGGCUCAGGAGGACUCUGGCUAUUUUAAAGUGCCUUCAGUUUUUUUUUCUUAUUUUGAUGAAACAAAGUGUGUGCUGGUUAUGGAUAACAAAGGACUUUUUUUGAGGUCAUGGUUGAUAUUGCACAAAAGGUCUCAUUCCAUGUCUGUGUUCUGUUUUACACUGAUUGUGACUUAACGUUCAUUUUUUUAAAAACAUGAUGAAACAAGCCAUAAAUUGUAUUUUUAUGUUGUUGAAUGAAAACGUAUUUCUUACACAGACUUUGCUCCAUGCUGACGGAAGUUCUUAUUUUCUGUCGCUCUUUCUCAUAAUUGCACAUCGUAAUAUCAAAAAAUUGUCAUGUGAUCAGAACUCAGGGUUCAGAGAGACAAAACAAGUGAAUGCUUUCAUACGAAAUAAAACUUUCUUAAAAUGC